CUCGCCACCAGACUUAUUAUUCUUCUUUUGGAUACAUAACAAACGAUGCGUUGCCGUGUUCUUCGUGAUAUUGCAGCCCGCCAGUCGGUUGCUAACAAUGAGCUUACUCGUCAGGCUUACCGCUUCGUAACCCGCAACGAAACUCUUCCUGCCCGUGUUCGUCACCAAGCACAACUCAUGUUGAAUGCCAUGCCUAAGCAGUCUUCUCCAACCUACAUUCACAACCGUUGCGUUGCCACUGGUCAUGGUAGCGGUAUUCUGCGUGAGUUCAAACUUUGCAGAUUCCAGUUUCGUCUCAAGGCACUCAACGGAGAACUUCCUGGUGUCAAGAAGUCCUCGUGGUAAAAAAAAACCCCUUCAGUGGAACAGACAAGUCUUCUUUUACGGGACAAAGUUCAGCUGGAAUUUGCUGUACUUCAUUCUUUUUUGUAUAUCUUCUCUCCCUUUUACAUUCUCCCAACCCAUUCUCCUUUAAAGAAGAAGAAGAAAAACAGCAAUAAACAUCUAAUACAUAGAGACGAUCUUUCUAGCG